AUGGUGCUAUACGCUUCAGCUGCCAUCAACUUGAUUUUCUGGGGCAACUUGGCCACUUGGGUCUUUAUGGACUAUGCCGUCAAAAAGCCAGAGAGCACGUCCACUGCCAUUGUCCAAGAUGGAGAGACUCUUGCAUCCGAAUACGAGCGAGCGCCGCUUCGCACGCGCAUCUUGUAUGCAACGGGCCUAGGUGGACUUGGUCUCGCCAUCUCUACAGGUUUCCUGCUCGUUUCCAAACGGGUCGUUCGCAGAAUUGACUUGAUGCCGGGUGGUACCCACGUCAAGCUCUUCACAGGCUUCCGGAACCCAGCAUCAACCCUGCCACUCCAAGCAAAUCUACCCAAGACUGCCACGCCAGUCAUUGCAGAAGGCUCUACCGGUGGCUCACAUAUUGCAUUGACUGAUUUGAUGCUACGCAAGGCUCUCUUUACAGGUGCAGGCCCGAAUCAGGCGUAUUCGGAAAGUGGAAGUUAUACGCAGCUUCUACGCAAAGGUCAGCUUAUCGGCUACCUCCUCGACCGACGCGGCUCCUUCCUAGGUGGACCGCGCGUCUUGGAUGAAUUGAUUACUACGUCCCGAGCCUGA